AUGGCAAGCAAUGACACGGUUGAUGUGGAGAUUGGAAAGAAGACAGCGGCCGAUGACAAGGAGAAAGAAGAAGAGAAGGUCUUGAAGGAGUUCCAGUUCUAUCACGGUUACCUACCUCGAGAAGAUUUAUUGUUCGUAUUGAAAAACGAAGGAGACUUUCUCCUACGUGUCAGUGAAGUUGGAAGUGGAGACAAAACGGUAGAACCGGACAUGAUGAGCAGAAGGGCUAUGAUUUUAUCAGUUCUAGUCUCAUUAACACCAGGAACUGAUGCACCUUCAAAGAUGGGAACACCCCAUGCAACUGUUAAGUUUAAAUUCCUUUUGAAAAAUCCGAUUUUACAACAACGGUGGGAAUUUCAACAUAGCGAUGUGCAGUUGGGAAAGCUUCUUGGUGAAGGUGCAUAUGCUGAAGUAAGGGAAGGAACGAUAAAGAAACGAAACAGUACCCAAACUCUUGAAGUGGCCGUCAAAUUGACUAAAGGAACUGGAGAUUUGAGUAAAGCAAAAAUCAAAGAAAUGAUGAGAGAAGCCCGUCUCAUUCGUAAUUUUAAACAUAAAAAUAUCGUACGAUUAUAUGGUGUAGCGGUAGAUGAACAACCGUUAUACAUUAUAUUAGAAUUGGUUAAAGGUGGAGCUCUGAACGCUUAUUUGCGGGCAAACGGAGAAAAAGUCAGUGCAUUCGACAAGGUGGUGAUGUGCAAAGGAGCAGCUUACGGGGUGGAAUAUCUUCAUAAACAAAGCUGUAUUCAUAUGGAUCUUGCUGCAAGAAAUUGUUUGUAUUCACGAGACGACAAGGUGGUGAAAAUCAGCGAUUUUGGUUUGUCACGGUUAGGCGUGACCUAUACUGUACGUGGCGCAAGGAAAUUGCCAAUCAAAUGGCUGGCUCCUGAGACGAUCUCAACGUUCACGUUUUCCUUGAAAACGGACGUAUUCAGUUUUGGUGUAAUGGUGUUCGAGAUCUUCAGUAAUGGAAAAGAACCAUGGGAUGGUUAUACCAAUGCUGAAGUGAAGAAAGGAUUGUUGGAGGGUAAAACGCUGACUUUGCCUGAUACUUGUCCGGAAGAAUUCCGAAAUUUCAUCAAGGAUCGUGUAUACGCAAAAGAUCCGACGGUUAGAGCUUCAAUGAGUGAGGUACGCGAUUUUUCAGAGGGAGAGAAGGAUUGGCAAAUUUGGCCCACGACGGAAAAAUACAAGUUCUUUUAA